UACAUGUAUACAUGCUGUAGCAGUAACCGCCUAGCGGUGAAUUUUUCACUUACUAGUUUUGUCUUUUUUCAUUCGUUGAACGCAACAGAUGUCCUAAGUUUUUUUUUUCCCGCUGAAAUGAUUGUGCCGAUAGUAAGAGAUGGAAAAUUGCAAGAAUGGGCGAUUAUUGAACUCCAAGGAAAUUUAGAAUUCCAUUAUAAAAACAAGUGUUUUGUCGGAGAUUUACACUAUGAGAAAAAUGAUACGCCGGUUUUAAUAAUUGGAAUGCAUAUUUUACAUGGCAAAGAAGCUAUGUUACCAAAACCGCUGGCUAUUUUGGAGAAACGAAAGGAUGAAGCUGAUAAUACUGAGUAUGGAGUAAAAGCGAUUGUUAAAAAGAAACUUGUGUUUAAAGGACGACCUAAGCCAAUUGUUGCCGGUAUAAUUAAAAACUAA